AUGGAAGUGAAUGGUGAACCAGAUGUAGCUGGUAUUUUCAGCGCGGCUUUAAUGCCAUUGAAAGAUAUGAAAGAUGCAGAUAUUUUGGACCAGUAUGAAAUGAACAUGGCUGAUGGAAAUAUAACACCUGACGUUCUAGAACAUUUAUCUCAAAGAACUACACAGAACCAUAGAGAUGGUAUAUUUGGUGAAGAGUUUAGAAAGAAAGUUAGGGAGAGAGAAGGAAGAGAACCUAUUGUACAUGACCUUGCAAACGAAAGUUUACAAAAUGUCAUAAAAACUUACUUUGCAGACAAUGAACCGAGAAGGGAUGAAUAUUUAAGAAAACUCAAAUGGACAGUACCAAAUGAAAUGUUAGUAUUGAAAAACAUGUUCCUUGACAAAAUAAAACCAACUACAGAAAUAAAUGACGCAAGACUGAAACAUUGGGUAAAAGCUUUCCCAUUCACAAAAGAUAUUGUUGGUAACAUGGAAAGAAAACCAGAAUGGCUACAAAAACAUAUAUUUGGAAACGAGCUUAUUCCAUAUGGACAAGCGCUGUUUGAAGAGCUUGAACCGGAAACUCAGGAAAGAGUCAUGCAAACAAUACGCGAAGACUCAAAUACAGACUAUGACAAACUCUUUCUAGGAUAUAGGUUACCUGAGAUGGGCGACCAGAGCCCAAAGGCAAAAAGGACAUGGGAAAUUUACAACAUACUAGGUGAACAUGAGGCAAAGAUGCAACAAAACUCAGUCAGGAAGAAAGUAAAGCUUGGUACGAGUGGGUUCUAUUAUGAUAUAUAA